UAGCGACCUUGCACUAGAAAUGGCUUAGGGCAACUGGUGCUAGAGGUGUCUUCCCGUUAGGGGAAUUUGCUCCACAAAUCCCCUUUCGCGACCACCAUGAUAACUUUGCUCGUUGAGCGCCUAGUGUAUUCGGCAGAUGUAAUCUAACUUAUACUGGUGCUACCUAAAUCAGGGGCUCUCUGUUUACUGGCUCGGAAACCGUAAGCAUUGCAAAGCGUUUAGCCCAGUCUUGGCGCAUAAAACUCCCAGGUGCCAGACAAAGAUGACAUCGGCACACAAUCAACAAUAUGCCCGUACGUCAGUUCCCAGGGCAGGUGGCCGUGCAGCGUCGCCGUUACCUUCGAACAGCCGUGCUGUCUCUCCGUUGGCGCAGCAGCCCGCCCCGAGUUCACCUCAUGUUCCAGCAGGCCAACGUGCAAGGCCACGGCCCUCACCAACAUCAACAGCGCAAGCACCGUCAUGGCUGCCCCCUGGUGCUUCCCUCAGUAGAGCCGCUGCCGCACAUCGUGCACACCGUGCAGCGUCCAUUCCCUAUCAGCGCCAGAGCCCACCCAAAUCGCUGCGGCCCUUCCCUAGCCCAACGCAUCAGCAUCGGCACCUCCAAGGCACGCCCACGUCGCCGUCGGCUGUCAGGUUACCCACUCCACCCCCUUAUAGGGAGGGCCCACCCCUAUACGGUCAUGGCGCCUACAGUGGAGCGAUGCCAGCCCUGUCAUACGGCUGCAUUCCAGCUUCAUACGGGCAGCAGGACCUAAAGUUCCUUGGCCAAAGCCGGGGCACAUACGAUACCGCUGCUGCAUGCUAUCCGGACCUUGCUACCGGCAACGGGCGACCAGCACUAUUGGCUAUUACAAACAUACGUGACAGCCACACGUCGGAAGCGCACUGGCACCAGGCGGCCUACGCCAGCCUUGACGACCUCCAGGGCGGGGACAAGGCCCGUUUCCAGGAUUCUUUCCCUUAUCCGUCCGAGGUCGGAAGCGAGCAGAUGCCAGCAUCGCCGAUUGCCAGGGGCGGCCCAAGUGCCGUUGGCCAGGCUGCAUGGCACGAGGCAGCGCCGCCGGGAACGACGUCCCGUCUGGCGCCAUGGCUCCUCUCCGACUCGUAUGACCCGUACACAUCAACGCAGCCGACGGCACAGCCGACGGCCGUAGCGGCGACGCCAAGCCCCAUCGGGGCACUGCUUGCUAAGCUGGAAGCCAGCAACGGUACAAGCUGCCGGAGAUCCCAACAGGAAGCGGGAAGGGCUGCUGGCUGCAGGUCUCCGAGUCCUCUGCCCCGCCGUACGCCUACGCAGCCGCAUCGACCCGCGGUAGCGCCCUCAUGCCAAGUCUCCCAGCAGCAGCAACAGUCUCCUGUGCCGUUCCGGAAUGUUAAGCUGCCGGACUCGCAAGUUCUUGGCGGGCAUGCGGAACACCGACGCUCGGGCGACGCUGACGUUGGCCCCAAUAAUGUCCUAAGACUCAAUACCGUAGCCUCCGCACCAAGACGUUCUCUGCAGCACCAGACGGUUGAGGUGCAAGGCGUCGGCAACGCCGCUGGCGCAGGCAAUCAUGGUCGCAGCAGCCCUCUACGUGCGACGUUUCCUGGAGAGGGUCCCCUGGCGCCUGAGCGACCACUGGGUCAGCCCUUUGCGGAUCCAGCCGGUGCGCGCGCCCACGGGGCGUUUAGCAUGACAGCGCAGCGUCCGCUAUCGCCAUUCUCCUCCCCUCCACCAUCACCGCUUGCCCAAGCGGCUAGGGCCGUCGGAGCAGCAGGGUGUGCUGCGGCACAAUGGGACGUACGGGCCAUUCCACAGACCGGAGCCUCUGGCGGAUGGGAGCAGGCGGCACAGGGCACGCAGUACGGAGUAAACGGGCAGCCGUCCACGCAAGUUCCAGGAAACAACGGCUACUACCGGCGGUAUGCACAACAGCAGCAGCACCAACAACAACAGCAGCAGGCCCGCUUGCGUUCACCCGAGCCCCGUGGCAUGCCUGCUUCUCGUCCACAAUCGCCCUACAUCUCAACGCACGUACCCACAUCGGGAGUCCGUGUUGCAUGGCCUGCCGCUGCGCCAGCUCCCGCCAUGGCGCAUCCUGGUCGCCCCGCGACCCAGAUCGCGGGUGGCGCCCAGGUGCCGGUAUCUCCUCCCGUUCCAGCCCACUGGAUUGAGGGCGUAGUGGAACCCAGCUUUGAAAACCCGCAUCCCCAGCAGCCGCACCAACAGCAACAACAGCAACAGCGCCUCGUCAGAGCGUCAACUGGGCUCGACAGGCACUCACUUUUGGCGCGGCUGACGGAGCAGGCGGAGCGUCGUACUGCCGAAUGGGAGCGGGCUCGAUCUCAGAGCAGCAACAGCGCCCAGAGCAUUCCACAGAACCGCGUCCGCAGCCAGAGCCGAACGCAGGGUGCACAGCGGCGCGUGCAGAACCAGAGCCCGCUUCACGGAAGGGAGCACAGCAACGGCUCGCAGCGGUGGAAGAGCCCGCAAUCGCAGCUGCAGGAGCAGCGGCAACAGUGGGCCGCGGCUGCUGCCGCGGGGGCAACGGCCGGUGGUCAGCAACAGCCGCGGCGCAUGCAAGCUCAACCGCAGGACGGCUCGCGCGCAAGAGAUAGACCGAUGAGCCCCGCCAACACACAGCAGCAGCAGCAAGGGCUGCAGCGGCUAUGGUCUGCACCUUUUGCUGGGCCAGACGGUAAGGCGACCGCUCCUCCCUCUCCCGCCCCGGUUCCCCGGAGUGCGCAGCCACGAAGCGCCGGCACCGGUGCUUUGGAUUACCAGCAGCCAGCAGCAGGGCCCUACGGCGGCCCGUAUGCGGCUAAGUCCCAUCACUUGCAACGAAGCUACGAGCAGCUGCAUGGCGCUGACUACCCUGGCUUGCGCAGCAGCAGUCCUAACUUGCGCUUAGGAUGUGCCGCUGUAGGCGAGGAAGAGCUCCAGGCCACAGCCACCUGGCGCCACUCCGGGCUGGAGGCCGGCAUGCCGAGAUACCGAUCGUCAGAUGCGGAUGCAAGCGUGAUUGCAGGCCAGCUCCUACAAGAGGCGCAGCUGGCUGCGGCCUUGUCGCCGGCCAUGUCACCGCUGCCAGGCGACUAUCGCAGCUUAGGAGGCAGCAGACCCGGGGGCUGUGAGCAGCAACCGCUGCAGCAGCUACGUAGGGCCCCGGCCGGUCACCGUAUGCCGCCUGCGCUUGGUCAAACCUCGGCUUUGGAAAACCUGUUGGCCGUAGCGGUAGAGGGGAAGCUGCCGCCAUCACCACAACCUAGUCCCGGCAAAGGCUCGGUACGGCAGCGCGGGCCGCGAGGUGCCGCUGCAGCUGAAGCUUCGCCAAUGACGGAGGCUUUCAAUGCUUUCUUGGGUCGCUGCCAGGCCGGUUGGGAUGCUGGCGGUGCGUCCACAUGUGGGCCAAACAUGCGCGCUGGUGAGUUUGAGCCGCCGUCUCCUCAGAGCCCAGACCUGUCCGGUGGCGUCCGCGCUUCCUGGCCAGACUACAGCAACCACGUUGCGGGGUCCACUGCCCGCCACCCCCGUGUCGCAUGGGGUCUACUUCAGCAUCAAGACGGGCCUCAAACACGACCUGCCACGCCGCCAGAUAUGCUACCGCUGCUGCAGCUCGUCUUCAAGGGCUGGAAGGAACAGGUGGCCCUGCGGAGGCUCUUUGAUCUUCUUGCAAGCGAUCGCGAAUGGCGGCUGCGCGCUCAAGCGUUCUCCGCAUGGGUUGGGUUGACGCGUGAAAUGCAGGCACACCGCGCAACCGCUACUUCCGUACUUUCAAGGCACUGCCAGCGCUCCACUCUGACCGCCGCAUGGGCUGUUUGGCGCCACAGCCUGGCCCUCUCGGCCCGCGCUCAUCACAUGGCUUCCUCUUACUACGCACGGAGCCUCGCUGCCAAGACACUGCGGUGUUGGAUAACGUACUGGGCUCGGCGGGCCUCAGUGCGCGUGCUGUUGCGACACCGAGCAGCUGCAACGCUGCGGGCAUGCCUGGCUGCGUGGCGGCAGCUCGCAGCGGCUGCUGCUGCUGCUGACGCAGGCAGUGGCGGCGGUGAAGGAAGAGGAGGUGUGGAGGAAGGGUGCUUUGCGCCCUUGGCGGCCGAUGGUGAGCAAAGCAGUGGCCAAGUAGCGACGGCGGCGGAGGAGGCGGAGACGGAUGCGGGAGAUGCUUCACCGGCCGCGGAUGCAUGGGGCUUUGCAGUUGUUGGAGGCUGGGGUUCAGGGCAUGUCGAGGCGUGUGACGGCUGGGGACCAGGGCAGCCCGCGGAGGCCUGGGAGUCGCAGCAGGUUGCAGCUGAGGAUGGCUGGGCAACCAAACAGCCCCCAGAAGGCUGGGGUUCUGGAGAGGCAGCGGACGCAGUUGAUGCUUGGGCCUUCGUCAAGACCCCGGCAUUGGGCGGGCUUGGUGCUAAGCAGCAAUCUGCUGGUGAUGCGGAUACCAAAUCGGCCGAUCCAAAACCCUCUGGCAACCACAACGACGUCGUGCUGCAGCCGAGCAGCGGCUGUGACGCCCAAGCGCCGCAGCAACAACAGCCGUGGGGAUGGCCGCCGGCUGAGCCCGCCUCGGCUGAAGCGUCCGGUGCUGGAGUUGCGGUCGCAGAGGAUAGUUCCGCUCAUAAGGGCUGCAGUGAUGGUGCGGCUUGUAGCCCCGGCGACGUCAAUAGCCAGCGCGCCGACGGGCCGGACCUAGCCAUUGGGGAUAGUGGUGCGGAUCAACAGCGGGCCCCAUCCACCGACCCAGUUGCGCACCAGACCGAGGCCGUCAGCCCAGAUCACGAGGAAGGAGAGGGCAGCGACACCGGCGACGGUGUUGCAUGGGAGGGCUUCGGCUGGAGACCGGCCAUGGAGCCACACGCGGGAAGCCUGCAAGAUUCUGAACCCAAGGAGUUGCCCGGCGGCGCGGUGGAGGCCCAGGCACGGAAAGCCCUUGCAGACGCCGGGGAUCAGUGUGGGGAGGCGGUGGGGACAAUGGAAGAACAGGAAGUGCAGGAGGCGGCGCAGCAGGGGUCGCAGGAGGGCGAGGAGCAAGAGGCUGAGGACGGGGACAAGGUGCAGGAUGCCUGGGAGAUGAAGUACGGCGCUGAUGUGCAUCGGCUGCUGCGCUUGCGCCACUGCUUCCGAUCUUGGUUGCUUCUGGCGGAUCUGGGGGUACAGACCAUGUCUCACCAACACGAGCUGCGGCAGCGCGUGCACGAGGAGUUGCUGCAGGAUGCAGCCCUGCUCGAGGCCGCCGACCUGCUUGCGCGCCAUCGCUACCUGGCGCCAACGUUGCAUGCAUGGCGGGCGCUGGCGGCAGCAGCCGCCCAACAGCGGGCGCUAUCGCCGCCACAAGUUCUGUCUCAGCAGCAGCAGCAGCAAUCCCCAGCAACCAGUGGCGGAUUCACAGUUUCACGCCAGAUGGCCGUACCCGAUGGCGUUCAUUCUGAGCAGAAGCAGCAGAACCCAGCGAAGACGAGCUCGCAGUCCAGCGGGUCGGAAACGGCCAGCGCCAGCGAUGUCGGCAACGGCGUCCCUUGCGGCGGUAGCAGCCCGGGCAGCAGCAAGCACAGCACGCCUGAGCAUGCGCUCCCUGUUGCCAAUGACAUGGCGCGAGCCGACGUCGCCAGCCGCCAAACGCCAAUCGCUCCUGUCCAUCCUUUCUUUACCUCCACACCCGUUAGUGGCUCUGUCACCUCUGCAGCAGGUGCCGCUGGCGCGGCGUCCUGUCGUAGCGGCGCAGGCAGCGGCUGCCAUAACGCCUGCGGCACCCCACCUAACGUACACUCGGCACAGCUGGCGCAAAGUCGCGGCCCCGGCGGCGGCUCGGAGGCAGCCUCUAGGCUAGAGGGCGCGAUAAGCGCUCCCAACGCGAACGCCGAUCCCAACAUGAACCCCGCGACUCCGCUGCCACUGCAACACGGGCGCGACGCCCUCGCUGCCAUGCGGCCUGACGACUUUGUCCAGUUGCUGGAAUCCGAUAUCGAGUGGUACACAGACUACCUGACGCCAGGGGCGCAGACCGGGAAACAUAACCGCAGCCGCAGUGCGAUCUGCGCGGCUCACUCCACUCCCGUGGCUGGUGGCCGGCAUGCAGGGGGAGCCUCGACGGCGCGACCUCCUUCAGCCUCGGAUGCUGCGUCUGGCAACAUGACAGGCUGCAGUCCAGCUGUGGCACCGCGUGGGGACGGAGGCGAUGGUACCGCUGGUGGCGGUGGUGGCAGCAGCAGUGAGGUGGCACCAGGGCAGCAGCCUCGGUCGGAGCGCGGGGCGGCCACUCGGGCGUCUGUCUCUUCCACAACGUCUUCAUCGGUGGGGUCAUCCUCACCCGCCACAGGUGCUGCUGCAGCAGGGCCUGCUACGGCGGCAGCGGCGGCGGCAGCUCAGCCGGCCGUCCUACCAUCCGCUUUGGCAGAUGGACAGCUGCAGCCGGGUUCUGCGACGUCAGACCGCAGCUUUAGCCAUGGCCAACCUGCUGAGCUCCGGACGCCAGCAGCGGCGGCGGCUGUAGAACGCAGGAGCCAUACCGGUAACAACGCAGGCGCAGGCUUACGUAUCAGCUCUGAUAACUACGGCCUUGGCAGCAAGAGGGAGGACGCCAUGGAGCAUAUGCGCCGCUCAGCUGCGGUUUCAACGCCAUUCGACGAGCGGCGGCCGGCACCGACAUUACCGCAACAGCAGCAGCAACAGACGCAAGGGCAGGGCUUUGGAAUGGCGACGGCUGCGUUGCCGGCGGCAGGCCGGGCCCGUGAUGCGUUGGCGUCGCCGCCGCUUGGCUUUGCACAGAGCGAGUUAGCUCCGGAGGCGGAGGAAGACGAUUACGACUACGAUGCCGAUGCGUACCACUACUAUGGGGCUGGCACAGCUGACGACAUGUACGGCCCGGAUGCGUACGGCAUUUACCAGGGACCAGGGUUCCCGGUACCUAGGUCACCACAGCUGCAGCUCCCUCCCCGGCAAUUGCACCAGCAGCAGCUAGAUCAGCAUCAGGUGCGACAGCAGCUGCUCAUGCAUCGCCAGCAGCUGCAGCCCCUGCCGCAGCAGCAACAACAACAGCGUCGUUCAGUUCCUGCCGCCACGGCGGACCGCCGCUCCAGAGCGGGAGGAGAUAGCGUGCCGAUCUUCCUGAAGGCUAGCGCCGGGGCCAAGGGUGGAUUGCAAGUGCGUGACGGCAGGGCCGCCGUCGAUUCGGAGCGAGACUGGCCGCCAAUGGGGGAGUACGUGGCCUCGCCUAUGAGCAGCGAAGACGGUGUGCCGUACAAGCGCUACGUUGCAUUGCCAGGGGAAGCGGGCGUGAUGCGGGUACGCGGGGGCCAGUUUUAGGCGUCUUGGAGGUAGCGUGGUGGAAUGCUGGGGUGUGUCGAGGAAGGAUUGUGCGUCCAUGUUAAGCUUGCAAUGGCCUGUUUUGCGUGAUGCUUCUGUCGGCUGUGACGGGCAGAAGGAUUACCUGACAUCGGUUGAUUUGUGGAAGACAUGUGGAACUCUAUUGACAACUAAACUUUCUCGUAUUGACGGUUGACGGUGACUUUGGCGAGCAUUGGCUUGUAUGUAUGGUAAGCAUUGCAGCGGAGAUGGUGAUGUUGAGGACGCAUCAGGGUAUGUAGGACGACGCCUUUCUAGAGGCGAGCAGGGAGGUAUUCAGGCGGGAGUGCAAGCAGCAGUGGGGUGCGUCACCAUAGGUGGGGCUCGAGCGUGGCGAGUACCGGUACGGUGCUUUGCAUGUGUUGCGAGUAGCUUGCGAGUCUUCUUGGGGACGAACCUUGUGAUGAGUCAACGCUGGAUACCGCAAACCCCAUGUAUUGUGCUGACAUGUGUCCAAGAUCUUGUCUUUGCCACAGCAACACGUGUGGGGACACGUAUACCGUUGUUGGUGCAUGUUCUGGGGACGCGGGCGAAUCAGCGGCGAAGGGCAGUACUGGUCGGUGGGCUGGGUUAGGGGCUGCGUGGGGACCUUGAGGUCGAUGAGUAAGCACUAGCAGCCCUUUUAUGCAAACCGAAGGCGAUCCAAAAGCCUUGAGGCGAAGGGUUCAAUGGAAACACGGGGCGAGUAGAUGCCACAGCAUGUAGGGCUGCUUGCUGCUCGUCUUUUUGUCGCGGCUGAUCGGCUUCCAAACAAGACAGCCCGUAGGCGAUACUUUAGGAUCGUAUGUGGUUACAUGUGCUAGUGACAUGUAGCAGAACAACAG